AUGCAAAUCGUGGAACGAUGCGCAACUUAUGGAAGUCGUUUCUAUUGUGUCAGAGAUGGGGUCACUGAUGAACAGUUGACAAUCGCCGUGAACAGUCGCGGCAUUUUCGUCUACAAUGUCGGCGAUUUCUUGGAGCCCGUUCAAUGGUUCGAGUGGAAAGAUUUGGACAAUUUAUUCUACAAAGAGACUGAAUUCAUUUUGGGAUUAAAACAAAGAAAAAUGAUGGGAAAUCGACCGAAUUCUUGUUUAAUAACAAGUGAAAAAGAUGUCGAAUUGCAGAAAGCUGUCAAUGAUCCAACAACGAAG